UUGCAUGAAAGAAAUCAAUCAGCAAAGAAUUACAUAUACUAGCUAGCUAGAUAGCAGCUUGUUGAUAGAUCGAUCGAGAGUUAAUCAAGCUCCAUGUCACUAACUCAGACCACCUCAUUUUUGUGCCCAGAAAACACCCUAUCUUUCCUGCACAAAGCAAAAGUUUCAUGUCUUCCCGUCAAGUCUUGUUAUGACUACGACAAAACUAAGUUUUCAUUGUUUUCUAAUGGAAAAAGUAGGUAUCCAAGAACAAGUAAUAUCAGCAAAUUGUCUGUCCUGUAUAAUGGAUAUCCCUAUUUCCCUUCUCUUCAUCAUCCUCUGGAGUCUGAAUUAUUGCCAGCAGCAUCUGAUCAUGAUGGCGUUGAUCGCGGCAUAGGGAUUCUUGAGUUUUUUCAAGGAAAGAAUAUUUUUAUAACUGGGGCAACUGGCCUAGUUGGAAAAGCCUUAAUCGAGAAGUUGUUGAGAUCAACGUCAGUGGGUAAAAUCUAUUUACUAAUAAAGGCAGAAGAUAAGGAGGCAGCAGUUGAUAGAUUGAAAAAGGAAAUAGUGGAUUCAGAGUUAUUCAAAUGUGUGAGAGAAAAACAUGGGAAUAUUUAUAAUUACCAAGAGUUGGUGAAGGAGAAGUUGAUACCAGUUGUGGGAAACAUUUGCGACCCAAAUCUUGGAAUGGACUUAAAUUCUUCUCGUGCAAUUAUGAAGGACGUAGAUGUAAUAAUUGAAUCCGCAGCAAGCACAACCUUAAAUGAUAGGUACGACUUUUUACUGGAUACAAACGUGAAUGCCCCUCAACGGUUGAUGAGGUUUGCCAAAACAUGCAAAAAUCUUAAGUUGUUUGUGCAUAUUUCAACAGCAUAUGUUAAUGGAAGAAAAGAAGGGCUGAUACUGGAAAAGCCACUGAUUAUGGGAGAAAAUGGGAGAAAGGACAUUAAUGAUGAUGAUGAGAUGUCUUUGUGUUCAUCUCCUCGUCUGGAUUUAGCUGAUGAGAUAAGUUUGGCUAUGAAAUCAACAUCUCAACAUGAUCAAGACUACGAUGUCACCAAAAAUCUGAAAAGACUAGGCCUAGAGAGAGCAAAUAUUUUUGGAUGGUAUAACGCAUAUCAUUUGACCAAGGCUAUGGGUGAGAUGGUGCUCAAUGAAAUUAAGGAAGAUAUACCCCUACUUAUCAUUAGACCUACUGUUAUCGAGAGUAGCUAUAAAGAACCUGUACCUGGAUGGAUACAAGGAAACAGAAUGUUCGAUCCGGUGAUUAUUUCAUAUGGAAAAGGUCAACUUCCUGCCUAUUUGGCUGAUCCCCAAGUGCACAUGGAUAUUAUUCCUGUUGAUAUGGUCGUAAAUUCAACAAUUGCAGCUAUUGCAAAACAUGCAAGUAAUUCAUAUAAAGCAGAAUCAAAUGUGUACCAUGUAGCCUCCGGUGUUGUGAACCCUCUUCGAUUUUGUGACUUUUUCGAAAUCCUUCAUGAAUAUUUUAAUUCAACACCAUUAUUUAAUAUAAAAAAAGAUAUUAGAAAAAUAAAAUGUUUUAGCAAUAUGAAUGAGUUAUCUAAAUACACCCGGGAAGCCAUAUUAUUGUCUAAUGAGAUGGGAGAUGCAAUUGAUGAUGAUGAGAUAGAGGAAAAGAUGGUUGGUAGAGUAAAAAGCAGAGCCAAAGCCAAGGUUGCAUAUGCUGAGCAACUGUGCAAGAUGUAUGAAUUCAUAGGAUUUAUUCAAGGGAGGUUUGAUACAAGCAAUACGCAGAAAUUAUUAAAAGAAAUGUCCCAAGAGGAGCAGCUUGAGUUUGAAGUUGAUGCCACCAAAAUAGAUUGGAGAAACUACUUUUUAGAGAUUCACAUUCCGGGUUUACGAAAAUAUGUACUUAACGACAAGACAAUGUCCGUUUGAACAAUUAUUGAUGUAACGGAAAUGAAGUACAAGUGCACAACAACUAAGCAAUUGUUUAAGAUUACU